AGAGAACCGCCAUGAAGAGAGAAGGGGGUGCCGCCCACCUCUGCUCCCACAGCUUCCCCGAGUCCCAGCAGCAAGACGGCAACCACGCAACCAGCUUCUCCAGUCACAGCUUAUGCCGCCGUCGCCAGCGGCGCCGACAUGACAAGGCGCUACAUGCUUGCUAGGCCAGGUUUCCCCUCAUCCCCAGCCCCGGGGUUGUCGCCCCCGCGCUGCCAUCUGAGACCCGGUAGUACCGUCCCUGCUGCAGCGGGAAAAAGAACAGAGAGUCCUGGGGACAGGAGGCAGUCAAUUAUAAAUUUCUUCAAAGCAGCUUCGAAACAAGACCGACAUAUGUUGGAUUCUCCACAAAAAUCAAACAUCAGAUAUGGAGAAAGUGGUUUGUCCAUCAAUGGCACAGAGCAGUUUGAAAGGAAGUCAUCUUCACCAAAAAAAUCUAAACCCAAAGGGCUGCCAUCAGAAAAGAGCCCUAUUAUAGAGGCUUUCAUGAGAAGUGUUAAAGAGCACCCUAAAGAUCGUGGUGUACAUGAGUCAUAUCGGCCUUGUGUGUCACUAACCACCAAAUGUCCAAAGACAGUUACAAAGACAGUCUAUGUUCCUCCUUCGUGUCACCUGUCUAAAGAGAUGAAGACACUAAAGAAAAAACAUCGAUCUCCAGAGAGAAGGAAGUCACUACUCACUCAUGAAAAUAGGGAGAAGAAUGAUAGAGAUCAAGGCAAGACCAGUGCAGAUACCAACAAGCAGGCCACAGUGACAGAAGCUGACAUGUUCAAGAACACCUCCAGAAGUCUUAGCAGCAGGAGCAGCCUAUCCAGGCAUCACCCAGGAGAAAGCCCACUGGGAGCUAAGUUCCAGUCGUCACUAGCUUCUUACUGCAGAGAAAGACAACUAAAGAAGUUGAGAAAGGAGCAAAUGGAGCAGAGAACCCACUCAGAAAAUUCUUUCUCAGAAGCAAGCAGUCUUUCCUUAAAAUCCUCUAGCAUAGGAAAAAACGAUCAACCAAGGCAGGAACAAAGUAAACAGAAUGAUGUCAGACCUGGAAAAAGUAAUCUUUCAAACCUGGAAAAUGGACAUCUCUCAAGAAAAAGAUCAUCUUCUGAUUCAUGGGAAACUGCUUCAGCAGGCUCUAAGCAGAAUAAAUUUCCUGACAAAAGAAAAAGGAACUCUGCGGACUCAGAUCUGAAAAGCACAAGAGAAUCUCUAAUGCCGAAAGCUAAAGAGUCUUUCCUUGAGAAGCGUCCUGACGGACCACAUCAGAGAGAGAAAUUUAUAAAACACAUUGCACUGAAGACACCUGGUGAUGUAUUGCGCUUGGAAGAUAUAUCCAGGGAACCGAAUGAAGAAGCAGAUUGUUCCUCUGCAGGCUUGGCACCUUCAAAUUCUGGCCACCAUUCUUCCAGGAAUAGUGACCAAGUCCGUGUGGCAAGUACCAAAGAGACUAAGAUACAGAAACCUCACUUAUCUUUACCUCAGGAAAAGUCUGCAGUUAAAAAAUCUAGCAACUUUCAGAAAAAUAAAACUGCCAGCCCUGUGGCAGCAAAGGAGACAAAACUUCUACCUUUACUUUCCCAUGUUCCAAGUGCUGGUUCCUCUCGGGUACCAUUAAAUUCUAAAAAUUGCACUCUUUCAGUUCCUAAAAAAGAAAAAGAGCGGUCCUCAUCUAAAGAAUGUUCUGGGCACUCUGCAGAGUCCUCCAAACACAAGGAACACAAAGCAAAGACUAAUAAGGCUGAUUCUAAUGUACCUUCAGGGAAAAUUUCUGGGGGAUCUUUGCAUUCAGAAAAUGGCACUCCUACAAAGUCUCCCCCAGCUGCUUUGGAAGUUGUGCCAUGUAUCCCAAGUCCUACAGCACCUUCAGAUAAAACCCCUUCAGAAAAAGAGAGUUCAGGAAAUUCCAAUGCAGGUAGCAAUGCACUGAAAAGAAAACUAAGGGGUGAUUUUGAUAGUGAUGAAGAAAGUUUAGGUUACAACCUAGACAGUGAUGAGGAAGAGGAAACAUUAAAACCACUGGAAGAAAUAAUGCCUUGGAACUUCAAUCAGACUCCUGCAUCUACAGGAAAGCCUCCUGUUCCUUCCAAGGGGCUUGGAUCUCAGUCAUCAGACUAUACAGAACAUGUUCAUAGUGGAACUUACACAAAUACUCUAGAGCGUCUAGUGAAGGAAAUGGAAGACACCCAAAGGCUAGAUGAACUGCAGAAGCAACUACAGGAAGAUAUAAGACAGGGCCGAGGCAUUAAAUCCCCAAUCAGAAUUGGAGAUCAAGACAGUACAGAUGAUGAGGAUGGCCUCUUAGAAGAGCACAGGGAAUUUCUAAAGAAAUUUUCAAUUACAAUUGAUGCUAUUCCUGAUCAUCAUCCAGGUGAAGAAAUAUUUAAUUUCUUCAAUUCUGGAAAAAUUUUCAAUCAGUAUACCUUGGAUUUAAGAGACUCUGGUUUUAUUGGACAAAGUGCUGUAGAGAAGCUUAUUCUUAAAUCAGGAAAGACAGAUCAGAUUUUUUUGACAACACAAGGCUUCCUUACCUCUGCUUAUCAUUAUGUCCAGUGUCCUGUACCUGUGUUAAAGUGGCUAUUUCGGAUGAUGUCAGUUCAUACAGACUGUAUUGUGUCCGUGCAGAUUUUAAGUACAUUGAUGGAAAUAACAAUUAGAAAUGAUACCUUCAGUGAUUCACCAGUUUGGCCCUGGAUCCCAUCAUUGUCUGAUAUAGCAGCUGUGUUUUUCAAUAUGGGAAUUGAUUUUAGAUUUUUGUUUCCUCUGGAGAAUCUUCAGCCUGACUUUAAUGAAGACAAUCUAGUUUCUGAAACACAAAUGACAUUGGGGGGGAAUGGAAGUGAGGAUUCAUCUUGUAAGCCAAUUUUUUCAACUCUUCCUGAAACCAACAUUUUAAAUGUGGUUAAGUUUCUAGGUUUAUGUACGUCUAUUCAUCCAGAAGGUUACCAGGAUCGUGAAAUAAUGUUGCUGAUUUUAAUGUUGUUUAAAAUGAGUUUGGAAAAACAGCUGAAGCAGAUUCCUCUAGUGGACUUUCAAAGCCUCCUGAUAAACCUGAUGAAAAACAUCAGAGAUUGGAACACAAAGGUGCCUGAACUCUGUCUGGCCAUAAAUGAACUCUCCAGUCAUCCCCACAACCUUCUGUGGUUGGUACAGCUAGUCCCUAACUGGACAUCACGUGGAAGGCAACUGAGACAGUGCCUCAGCCUAGUGAUUAUUUCAAAGCUUUUGGAUGAGAAACAUGAAGAUAUCCCUAACACCAGUAAUCUGCAGAUAUCAGUCUUAUAUCGUUAUCUUGUGCAAAUGAAGCCUUCUGAUUUGUUGAAGAAAAUGGUCUUGAAGAAAAGAGCUGAACAACCAAAUGGCACCAUUGAUGACAGCCUGCAUUUGGAACUUGAAAAGCAGGCAUAUUACCUGACCUACAUUCUUCUUCAUUUAGUUGGUGAAGUUAGUUGUUCUCAUUCUUUUUCUUCUGGACAACGCAAACACUUCGUGCACCUCUGCGGGGCUUUGGAAAAGCAUGUUAAGUGUGAUAUUAGGGAAGAUGCAAGACUGUUCUAUAGAACUAAGGUAAAAGACUUGGUUGCCAGGAUACAUGGAAAAUGGCAGGAAAUAAUCCAGAACUGUCGGCCUAUUCAGGGGCAGCUUCAUGACUUCUGGGUACCAGAUUCUUAACAGGAGUUGCAACAGCAAAAAUAAGAACCAAGAAAAGUUCAAUAAGAGCCUUUCCUAGAGGAGUAGAAGGGAUUACUACAAAAACCAGUGGAAUGCUAAGAAAAUGUGCAGCAAGUGUGCCACUUGAGUAUCUAGUAUGAAGCUGGUAAUAAAGAAAUUGCCGCCCUGGCUGGUGUGGCUCAGUGGAUUGAGCACCGGCCUGCAAACCGAAAGGUUGCUAAUUCGAUUCCCAGUCAGGGCCCAUGCCUGGGUCGGGGGCCAGGGCCCCAGUUCUCACACGUUGAUAUUUUUCUCCCUCUUUCUCUCUUCCUUUCCCUCUCUAAAGGUAAAUAAAUAAAAUCUUUUUUAAAAAAGAAAAAAAUUGCCAUUUCUGAAGCAGAUAUGAAACACAAUCUGCUUAUUUAGGUAAUUGGCCUUUUAAAAGAGCAGCAUCCUAUAACGGACUGGAAGUGUAGAAGCAGCUAAUAGUUGCAUGUCUAACCUGCCCCUAUUAACUCUGCUGUUAAAUUAUAAGCCUGUUAUCUUUUUUUUCCUCUGUAUUUGUGUCACUUGGAUAAUCACAGAAAAUAUGUGAGAAAAGAUUUGGACCAAUGUGAGGAGUUAAACAUGGAAACCAAGACCAAGUUCCAGUUGGUUUUAAUUUUCCCUUUUAGUUAUUUUAAGACUCAAUGGAAAAACUCAAAAUUGAGUUUAGUAACAAAAAGGAUAAAUCUCUUCUGUAACUCCUGUAAACAGGGAGGGUUCCAUCCAUCCAUUUCCUUCACUAUUCAAGAUUAUAAAUCUGUUAGGUUUUUUAAAUACAUUUAAACAAACAUUUGAGAAACAGAAGGUAUAUUGUCAGAUUCCGUUAAGGGGAAGAGGUUAAGCUACAAAAUAAUGGCUCUGUUUUCAUGCCAAAAUAUGCAGUUUGUUUUUAAUUUCCAGUGCAUUUUUUAAAAUACUAGUUAAAUCAUAGAAUUCUGGCCCCUUAGUAGCCAUAUUAUAGAAGUCUUUAUUGUAAAAGCUUAAAAAUCUGGACAAGUUUCCAGAAACCUUAUUUUCAUGAGUAUAUAACCUUGGCAGAGACCUGGAUGGUGUUAUUCUUUACGACACUGCACGCAUGUGUGCACUCACACACGUGUUUGUGCUUGUAUUUUAAAGUUGCACUUGAGAACCACAGCUGCUCUAAAUUCUUAAACACUGGAAAGCCAGCCUUUGUUUAAAUGGUGGAGGGUUAGUAAAAGUGCACGUGCUGGUCUUAGCCCAAGGGCCCUUUGAAGCCUUUGGUAGUAAUAAACUCUUACUAGCUAACUGAAAAAUUCUUUUGUUGACUGAGUGUCCCUUUUAGGAAAAUUUCUAAAAAGAAAAUGCCAACUUUUUUUUUCCAGUAUUGACUUGGAUGACGUUGCUAGUAGCUAUCCUGAGCACCCUGAGGUCUCCAAGUGUGAGGGGAAAGGUGGUGGUGAGGAAGGGAAUUAGAUUUGAUGUUUGUAGUUUGAGAACGGAAAAAAUAAGUUUUGAAAAUAGCUUUCUACCUCUAAAUUGAGGCUUAAGAGUAAAACACAUUUUAUCUUAAAUGUAUCAUUUAAAGUAGCAUAAAUAAUUUUUGAGCCCAUGUCAAGCAUUGAGCAGUUAGAGAUUUUCUAGGUAAGACUAAAUAAAUCCAGUUCCUGAGAACCUUGUCAGGCCAACAAAAGUUUUAUUCUGUGUUGAGUUUACUGGUAAGAAUAUUAUUAUCUUGAUACUACCUCUCAAGGGUAUUGUUAGAAAAUGCCACUUACGGUUAAUGAGAUAAAUACAAAGAUACAAAGAGUUAUAUUUGACAGAAGCUUGAAACUCUGGCAUCUAUCUGCCCAACAAUGGGGGCUUUCACACUCUGUAAUUUAAUAAUUUGUAGAUACAUUAUUUGUGUGUAAUUUUAUAAGUGUUCAUAUUUUUCUCAUUUUGCAUUGUGUAAAGUGUAAAAAGUUUCAAAAGUAUAAAAUACUGCUUAUAUUGCUUGUAAUUACAGUGUGUAAAUAUUUUCUAUCGUGUACAUUGAUGGGGGGACAAGUGGGUUAUUCAGGUUUUUUUUUUAAGUGACCCUUUUGUAUUGCAGUUUCAACAGGUAACUGCUCAUCAAAUUUAAAACCACUUUGAUACAUUUUUAUUUAGCAGUUCCAAUAAGAAAAGUCUCUAUUUUUAAUUAUCUUUCUCCAUUAGAGAAAAAUACUUCAUGUGUCCCUUUAAAAUAAAUGGCCAGACAUCUGUUUGGACCUUUGCAUUUAUGACUCUGGUAGAUGUUUCAGUCUCCAGGUCAUAUUCCAGUUAGUAUUUGCAUUCGGGUUCUCAUAAAAGUUGUGUGAUUCUCUUUUAGCACAAGUAGCCCAUGUUUUUUCUCCCAAAUCAAGUGUUACCCUUCUUCCUCUUGAGUCCCCUUGCUUUGUCUCCCUCCUGCUGUUGUUGCCCACCCAGUGAAAAGGGAUGGUUGUGGGGGAGAAAAUGUUCAUUGCACAGAAAAUGUCAGGCCACUUUUGAGACUUGGCAAACAAAGCUUGCACUGAGUGGUGGUGUGUUUGGCAGUAUUACUGUGCCAAAAAUCACCUUGUCUAAUUUUCUGGAUAUGUAUGUCAAACUUAUUACCCUUAUUGCAAGCUGAAAUUUAAGAUACUUGUAAGUGUUUAUGCUUUUGUGUGUAACUGUUUGCCUUUUCUAAACUGCAUUUCUUGUUAUCCGAAAAUACAACUCUAUUAGUUAUACCAUGUUAAGUGAAGAUGCGCUCCAUGCACAAAAUGCAUCUGUGUAGCAGUAAAGUAACAGCAUUUGUACAUUUUCUGUCUAUCUCCUGAUGGCAGUGGUGCCUUUGUCGCCUUUUGGAAGGUUGGCGUUUUGUUUUUGUUUUGAGGAUAAGUAAUAGCUUGCUUUUGACUUCACAAAAAUCUCCCCAGAUAUAAAAGAUAGAAAAUGGUGUGUCAUCAUCCAGACCCAGUUGGAACAUUUGCUUUUCUGUUUGUGUCAAAACAAGUGUAGUUGGUGGGGACCGGCCAGUAAUAAUGUGUGGAGUCUUUAAACCAAGAUUAAUUUUUAAACUUUAAAAAGUAAAAAUCUAAGAGGUGACCCAUAAGUGACUGAGUUGAGAAUUAGGGAAGGACUGUCCUGGCGUGCCUCUGAGGAGACACGAUUAGAGUUCAGGUGGUCGGACAUGCAGAGCGUGACCCGUGGCUAUUUCGUGCUCACUGGCGGUGUCGGCGCACCUCACUAUCUGUGUUUCUUUUCCCUGGGCAGUCCUGUCAGCCGGUCACCCACCAGCUCUUAGGCAGUUUACAAGUAGAGGCAGGUUUCUUUUUUCUUUGUUUUCCUUUCCUUGUUUUUUUAUUUUUUAGGAUUUUAUACUACAUCUUGUUUAAAGUCCUAUGAAUGUAUGUGUGUGUUAUUAAAACGGC